AAAGUAAAAUAGUACGUACUACUAUACUGUGCUUCAACUGUGGCAACAAUGAAGAAGUUUUUCUUGAGAAGGCGACAAAAGAACAGCAAUAUCGAGAAAGAAAAUUUAAUUACGUAUCGCGAACAUAGCCUCAGUAAACUAUCGUCAAUCAGCACGCUAUUAAGUGAAUAUGGAGUACUGUCAGCCGACGAGCUGCCAAUUAAAAUAUGGCAACACGUUUUUGAACACCUUAGAGCCGAAGAAGACUUGAUCAUAUGUAUCAAAGUCUCGGAACAAUGGUACACAUGUAUACGAGAUAUGCUGCUACCAGACACCUUUGCCCAGCAAGUCAUCCAUCCGUUAUCUCAUCAGAGUCUCAGACAUGCUAGGCUGAACCAAGAUAAUCUACGACUCUGCUUAACGUUUAUCAACAGCAGCGAAGAACCAUUUCAACGAGCUAGAUCUCGUUGUAUGUUUUUGUCUUUGCACAAAUCAGAAAUUGAAGGUCUGACCUUUGAUCUUUUUCGGUACCGACUCGAUAAUAUCGUCCGGCAAAGUGCCAACAGCUUAAAGCGCAUCGUCCUUGUCAAUCCUAUCGACAUGUCAUUGAAAAUAACUCUGCAACACUGCCGGCAGCUUUUGGAGUUUGCGAUGAUCUCUGUUGACGAGAAAGAAUUACGGAAAAGACAAUGGCCGCUAACUCCAAAAAUCAACAUCGUACACACCGCUGCCGGUCAUGUUAUGGAUCUACUUCAGAAGAGCCACAACCUCACCCAUGUAAUACUGAACCCACUUACUACCACGUUAGGCCACGCUAAUAUUCUCAGAUAUUGUGUCAGAUACCUUAAUUAUCUCCACGUAUUGAUCAUGGCAGACGGAGGCAGAGCAGAUACGGUCCUCGGUAGUAGCAAGCAUUGUGGCAUUCAACCAGGAACGACGAACGGAAUAACAACAAUCACCACGCCAUUGCCAACGUCUUCGUUAGAGUUGAAAUCGUAUCAUUUGCAUCGACGAACUCUUUAUAGUAUGCAAAUGCGGCCACAACACUUGAUCCUUAUUGAAGAAGGGCGCCGAGCUACCGGUAAUUCACACUGGAUUCCCAAUGGCAUUGGCGUGACCCAUUUACAAAGCUCAUUCCGAAAGAUUCUCCUUGAAAGUCUUUACACAGCCAAGAAUGUUGUCUGGCAACAUCUUUUUAUCUAUAACGUUCUCUUUACAAGUUUUUAUGACUUGCGCUACUUUGCUGUGCAUUUGGGCAGAGGAACGACGCGCAAAUCAUCACACGAUAUUAAUCGGAUUAUUUACCUUAUCGUUUCUUCUUCCACGAUGCUGGAGAGCUUCACCUAUCGACGCGAUCAUUUCACCCUGCGAGAACCUUCCAGUCAUCCUCCUUCUCCUCCUCAAAAUGCUGUCGCUCGUAAAGCAAUAACAGAGAGCAAAAAGCGAAAACAAGCACAAAAAACAGAGUUUCAAGGAAAAGAAAAAAAGCCAGAAUACAAAAUUGAUGACGAUGAAGAGGAAUCGCGUCGACAUAACGUAUCGGACCGUCUCUUUAAUGCAAAAAAUCAUCAUUAUAGCGACAAAAGACUGCAAGAAUUCAUCUGGUUUUAUGGGGAUCAAUUAACAAAGUUGGAGCUUGAUUGUUCGAUAAGUAUCGAGUGUCUAUCGUUUAACAUCGAGAAUCCGACUAGUCUCGAAACUUUUUGCCUCCGUCAUCGAUGUGCAUUAAUGGAUGUGAACAAUUGUUUUACCAUGGGUCAAGGAAGGGCUUCGAAAAUGUUUGCUACUUGGCGUCGCAUAAACGUUCAAGUUGGAGGAAUAAUACCACUAGAGAGCUCAUGGCACGAUAUCUCUUGAAUGCAAUAUAUUUGCUGUCAUAUAACUAGCCAUACUAUUAUCAUCACUAUCGUUAACUGUUAUUACAGUACUGUAGUAAUUUGUAAAGAAGAGUUAGUUAAACUAUGAGUAAUAAGAUUUUUAUAAGCAUUGAAUGAUUUUAUAUGAUACGUAUGCCAGAA